CUUCCGGAGUGAAGGGUCACCAUCUGGUCAGAAGAUGGCGGCACCGGACGAGUUGUUUUGCUGGGAAGGAGACUGGGGUUUACCGUCUGUCAGCACCGACUCUCUCGUGGUCCUGGCCUACGCUCAGUUUGCAGGAGCUCCUCUCAAGCUUCGUAAGAUCUCCAACCCCUGGAGGAGUCCAAGUGGUUCACUUCCUGCUCUGAGGACCAAUCAGAAAGAGACUCUGUCCAGACCCUCUGAGAUCAUCAUCCACCUGAGAAAACAGAAGUACAACGCAGAUUAUGACCUGUCAGCCAAGGAGGGAGCCGACAGCCUGGCCUUCAUCUCUCUGAUGGAGGAGAAACUGGUUCCCGCUCUGAUCUACACGUUCUGGAUCGAACCGAAGAACUAUGUUGACGUGACUCGCCGCUGGUACGCCGAGCACAUGCCGUUCCCUCUGAACUUCUUCCUGCCUGGACGGAUGCAGCGCCAGCAGCUGGAAAAACUGCGACUGCUGCGAGGAGACGAGAGUCUGGAGGCCGGAGAGGAGCUGGAGAAGGAGUUGUACCGUGAUGCUGCAGAGUGUAUGAACCUGCUGUCCCAGCGACUCGGCUCACACAAGUUCUUCUUCGGAGACUCGCCUUCGUCUCUCGACGCCUACGUGUUUGGUCACCUGGCGCCCGUCCUGAAGUCCAAACUGCCCAACGGGAAACUGCAGCAGCAUCUGAAGUCCCUCGACAACCUGACCAACUUCUGCACCAACAUCCUGCUGCUGUACUUCCCCCGAGACGGCCGAGAGAGCUCCAGUCAGAAGACGUCCCCUCAGCCUGAGGCCGGAGACUUCGACCACGUCCCCAACAAGCGCAGGAAGCAGUUUCUGUCGGCUCUGGUGGCUCUGGGCGCCAUGCUGAGCUACGCCCUCCUGUCCGGCAUGGUGUCCAUCCAGCACGUCCAGAGGGAGGCGCUGGAGGAGCCGCCGGACAUGCAGCCCAUCGGGUCCCACGACCACGAGGAGGAGGGAGACGACUGAGGAUGGCACACAGACGUCACUAUAGAACUUUAUGACGGAAGUGAAAAUGUUGAGGAUAAAAUCCAGAUGUUUUACGUCACCAAAGAAAGUCACAGGACAAGAGUCAGAUUUCAAAAUAAAAGUCAUCAGCACAUCCAGGAAGUGGGUGUUGGUGACGUUUAUGUACAGAAAUAAUAAAAGAUCAUUCUCUGUAUUUUCUUUAAGUGCAGUAACUUCGUGUCGUCAACAGCUUCACUGUGUCACUUUUUUUAAACAUGAUUUGUUUUUUCCUUAAAGGUGAAAUAACUUUUUGUUAAACUGAGUUCACAGCUGACAGGUGAUCAAUAAAUCUAUAGAUGAAAU